AUGUCUGGCAUCAGCUUGUACGAGGCUUCCGUCCCCGUAUUCACGCGGGGUGUUGACUCCCUGAAAGCCAUCCUGGCCAAGGCAGAAGAGCAUGCUGCCUCUGAGGGCGUCAGCAUUGACAACUACGUCAGCGAAAAGCUCACCGAAAGCAUGCUUCCCCUCUCUUUCCAAGUGCAGGUGGUUUCUAACACGGUCAAGAAAUUCAUCUGGCGCGUGACUGGCGUCGAGAUUGAGUCCUGGGAGGACAACGAGACCACCAUGGAGCAGCUCAAGGCCCGUAUCCAGAAGACGCUUGAUCUGCUAGCAUCCGCAGAUGCCAAGGCUUUCCAGGGCAAAGAGGAGACGGUCGUCGAACUUCAAAUGGGCAAGAUGGGUACCAGAAACCUUGCAGCCAAGGAUUACCUGCUUAGAUACGCCAUGCCCAACUUCUUUUUCCACGUUCAGACUGCCUACUGCAUCUUGCGAGCAAAGGGUGUACCCCUGGGCAAGUCUGACUAUCUUUCUGCGCACUUUGCCGACGCUCAGUAG